GUUAUCGUCACCUAUUUAAUGCUGGAGGAUUGGCAGCGGAUUCACAAUCAUCGUAUGAUUAUCACGCAUCUUCCUUGAAGAUUUCGUGCGAAUUUGCUGCCGCAGGCGCCGCUCGGAAUUCGACCUGAAAUCGCCGGAAAGUUGCGUCGUAUGCAGAAGAAGUUGGGAUACAAUGUCUAACCCCAUCACUUCCGACGAGUUGAACUACUUGAUUUUCCGUUAUCUAAAAGAAGCAGGUUUUACUCAUACAGCUUUUAUGUUUGGCAAUGAGUCUGGUGUAAGCAAAUCCACAAUUGAUGACAACUCCGUUCAGCGAGGAGCUCUUGUCAAACUUGUUGUGAAAGGACUUCAACAUAUUGCAGUGGAAGCAAACAUGGUCAAUCUUAAGAAUGGUGAAGAUGAUGACUUUGUUAUAUUGGAUGCUAUGGAGCUCAUCACAAAAGGGGUCGAAGAAUUGCAAAAGGUAGUGAAGAACAAGAAAAAAGACAAACAGGCUGCUGAAGGAGAACAAUUAUGUAAAGAAACUAAAGAAGCUAGCGGCCGAGUGAAAGAUACAACAAUAAAUGAUCCCCAGAAACAGAAGACGGUACAUAGAAGCGCAGUGGGAAAACGUUCUCAAGGGAAAGAAAAGCGAAAAGUUCACUUUCAUUUACAGUAAUAGAUGAAUCAAUAUUUGAAUGCAUACAAGAACUCAUCUAAAUGCCAAAUAAGAAAACAAAUACUAUGAUAUUCAUUAUCCGGUGUGUCUCCAACUUGGUUAACAUUGUCAAUAACCAUUUACUAUUAUGAGUCU